AUGGCUUUACUCGAUUUGAUCUCAUCUAUAACUCACACCAACCUCGCUGGUGUCGCUUCUUCCUCUUCGAAACCUCCUGCAUCCGAACAACAACCUCAAUCGGAAACUACCACUGAACCUCAAACCGAACCUGAAACCUCAACGGUCGUCACUGAACAACCUAAACCUGAAACCACACCUCAACCCGAAUCUGAAUCUACUCCUACCGAAACUCAACCUGAACCUCCUGUGGUGGUCAUCGAAUCGGAACCCGUUCCAACAAUUGGAUCUGAACCUCAUUCUGAAACCGAAACGGAACCUUUGGUUGAGAACGAGCAGGUCCCUGCUGUCGCUGAGACCCCGGCCGCUGAGACAGUCCCUACCCCAGAGGAAGUCAAGGAGACUCUCAACGCUGAUGUUCCUCCGGUUGAAGAAGUUGCUGCUACUUCUGUCGUUGAACCCCUCAAAGAUGACGUCAACAAGCAACCAACCGUAACUCACGCUGAAGCCGGUACCUCCCACACGGAAGCUGACGCUGCUACCAAAGUCGACGGUACUCAAGCUGAUAAACCAGCCGAGACCGCCGAGACCGCUGCUACCCCCGAGGAGGCUGCUCAACCAGCUGAAACCAAGGAAGAGAAGAAAGAGGAAAAAAAAUCCGCUGCCAAGGAAAAGGUUGAGAAGACCAAAGCUGAAGGUAAAGGUUUCUUCGCCAAACUAUUUGGUAACAAGGAGAAAUCUCCCAAGAAGGAGAAGAAGAAGACCCCUAAGACUGAGAAAGCCGACCCAAUUGUCGAAGCUGCUCCUGCUGCUGAAGCUUCUGCCCCUGUCGCUGAGUCAUCCGAGACCGCCGCUGCUGCUCCUGCUGUCGAGCUCACUCCCGCUCCUGCUGCCACCGAGGCUCCUGCUCCUGUAGCUGAAGCCGCUCCAAUCGCCGCCGAGCCAGUUGCUGAGGCUCCUAAAGAAACUGAGGCUCCUGUUGCCGCCGCCACCGAAACUCCUGCUGCUGCCACCGAGGAAGCUCCCAAAGAGACCAAAGAAGAGGCCCCCAAACCCAACCUCAAAGCUCACCGACGUCUUUCCGCCCGAAUCGGUGACAUCUUCAAGAUCAAGAAGACUCACGGUCCUCCUUCUCCCAAAGAAGAGACUCCUAAAGAAGAUACCGCCAAGCCUGCUGAGGGUGAGACCGCUGCUGCUGCCCCUGUUUCCGAAGAGGCUCCCCAACUCGAGAAGCCAGUCUCCACUGAGCCUUUAAAGCUUGAAGAGGAGCCUAAACCAAGUGGAACGACACCUACAGCUCCUGUCGUUUCUGCAGCCGCUUAG